AUGAUGUUAUCGCCAUCGCCGGAGACCCGUUCUCGAGGACUCCAAGAUGCACACCACAUAGAUCUAGUCGGAACAAUACCCUGUAGAUCUAGUCGAACCACACCCCAUGGAAGACCUCCGUCCAAAGCCGCCAAAACCGUCGAGCAAACGAAAGCAGAGGUAGAGAGACAACCGGAAACCUCAACAGAGGAGAGCGCCAAGACACCACUCCCCUCUCCAAAUCAAGCCACACCGGAGAACGACACCACCGAGUCCAAAAAGAGAUUCAAAAGUCGAAGAAGCGCCGCCGCCGCUGCGGGAAACAGAGCCACCGCAAAGAGCGGAAAGAGGAUAAGAUGA